CUUUUCCUUUCCGUGAAUUUUCGUUCUUUUUCGUCGCCCACGAAUUCAGUCCGUGUCUAGUUUACUAUUUCAUCCUAAGAGUUGGCGGAUUUCUUGUCUCAAUUCGGGAAUUUUAAGCAAAACCCCAACUGUUAGAUGAAAGGGGAUAAAAUGGCAAAAAGAUCUUCAUUCGGAAGCAUGGUGAGAAGAAGGCUCUCUGAUAUUACUAAUUCUUUGCCUCAGCCAAACUAGCCAGCAUUUCCUGAAAAACAUUUUCAAUCUGAUAAUGCUUCUGCUAAGGAACACAUUGACCAUCUUGUUAAGGAAAAAAUGGCCUUGAUGAAGCUCAUUCAAGAAAAGAACAAAGUUAUAGAAUUGAGUGGAAGUGAGGUCCAAAAUUUGAAAACAUGUCUUCAGAAAAUGCAGCUGCAAAACUGGACUCUUGCUCAAUCAAAUAGUUAUAUGCUAGCGGAAGUUAAUUUGGGCAAACAAAGGUUGAAAGCAUUACAACACGAAGUAGCCUGCAAAGACACACUUCUCAAAACAAAGAUAUUGCAGCUCAAGGUCGGCUUAUUUGUGCCUAUGUUGAACUCAAUUUGCUUAAAUCUUGAGUACUGAACCAUUAGCUGUUGAUGGGGUUCAGUUCUGAUUAUUUGUACCCGAUUCAAACCUUUCAUAUACAUCGAUGACUCGAAACAUAAA